UGAGUGGGCGGGGCCAUCCCAAGCCCCGCCCCGUUUCCUGCCGGGAGGGGCCGCGGCCGGAGCGAAGGUCCUGGAGUCUCCCACCAUGUGGAACCCUGGUGCAGGACAGCCGCCCCCCCCCAACCCCGCGUACCCCCCGAACCCCACGUACCCCCCCCAGGUCCCACCCCCCAACCCCGUGUACCCCCCGCCCGUGGCGCCCCCCAACCCGAUGGGGGUCCCAGGGCAACCCCCGUACCCCGCGGGGGUCCCCCCGUACCCCCCGGGGCCGCCCCUGGCCCCCUCGGGCCCCCCCUUGGGCCCCCCCCACCCCGGGGUGCUCCCCCACCCCGGGGUGCUCCCCCACCCCGGGGUGCUCCCCUCGUUCCCCCCCGGGCUGGACAAGAAGGCGGCCAAGAAGAUGAAGAAGAGGAUGAAGAAGGCUCACAAGAGGCACAAGCGCUCUUCGUCCUCCUCCUCCUCCUCCUCCUCCAGCAGCUCCGACUGAGGCUCCUGGGACCCCCCAGCACCCCGCGGCAUCACCCGGGACCACCGGGAGCCACCCGGGACCUCGUGGGACCCUUGUGACCACCGGGACAGCCCCGGACCCCCACCCUGUCCCCACCGCCCCCAUGCCCUGCUCCCAUGGGCGGGGGGGACCGGGGUGUCCCCACUGUCCCCCAAUAAACUCUGGGACACCCCAA